GGUCUAUAUUUUGUAUAUAUGCAUUCGCGUUGAUCCAGAGUAGAUUAUCCAGGAACGAGAUCUGAACCUUUCAACCUCUGCACAACAAGAGAAACUUUGCGAGACCAUCACUGCUAUCUGGCCCUUAAGUCUCCUUAUCAAUCCGUACAUUGCGGGCCCAAGCCUCUUUUGUCACAACCAACAACCCGAAUCAACAGUCUCUGGAAAAACACACCCACUUGCCUAUAUAUCGCAACCACAACCUACGACAAGUAGAGACGGGAGCCAAUAAGGAAAGAAAAAAAGAUCUGCAGCCUCACCACCUGUCUUUUUUCUGACCCCAGUACACCACCAACAACAACAACAAUCACAAAUACACACAUACACAUACCAUAGAAAAAAAUGGCGACAAGCAGCAGCACCGCCCCCCCAGUGGUCAACUUCAUCACCGGCAACGCCAACAAGCUGGCCGAGGUCAAGGCCAUCCUCGAGCCCGCGGGCAUCACCGUCAACAACCAGAGCCUCGACCUACCCGAGAUCCAGGGCACCGUCGAGGAGGUGACGCUCGAAAAGUGCCGCGUCGCCGCCGACCUCGUCAAGGGGCCCGUCCUCGUCGAGGACACGUGCCUGUGCUUCAACGCCCUCGGCGGCCUGCCGGGGCCUUACAUCAAAUGGUUCAUGAAGUCCAUCGGCCACGAGGGUCUCAACAACCUCCUCGCCGCGUACGACGACAAGUCUGCCGAGGCUGUCGCCACGUUCGGCUUCUCAAAGGGGCCUGGACACCCGCCGCUGCUCUUCCAGGGCCGCACUGACGGCAAGAUCGUUCCUGCUAGAGGACCUACUUUCUUUGGCUGGGAUCCAGUUUUCGAGUACGAGGGACAAACCUACGCUGAAAUGGACAAGGCUGCCAAGAACAAAAUUUCCCACAGGUAUAAGGCUCUGGAGAAGCUGCGGGUGUGGAUUGAGGGCGGCAUGAAGGAAGAAUCAACCUGAAUCAAGUAGCCAUACCACGUACUGCUUCGAUCACCUAACCGGCCGGAAGCAUCAACUGUUCGCCACCCCACGAAGGCGAUGCCGUGUGAGAAGUGGACAAGCACUGGAAGAGCAUAGAGAGCCGUGGUUUGAUGGUCCAAGGUCGAGAAUUGUUGUGCCGCGCCCAAAAUGCUGGCACUAGGAUGUUCUCGUCCGUUGGUUAUAAUACAUGUUCUGUGCAGUGUCUUCUUGUGGUCCGAGAAGCCUAGUCAACUUCGUUAGACUAAUACUCGUUGAGCAAUGCAUUGCGGCAGCUACUCACGCUAACACUUCGAACUCAUGAU